AUGGCUUUAGGCGGCGAUAUGUGGUCUGCAUACGAAUACUUGGCGAACUAUCUCGGUGACUCCUUGAGCGACACCGAUAUGGUCGCGGCAGGCGACGGCCCAGGAUCAUUCUGGAACGUCCUCUACGAAUCUCUGUACUUAGGUGCUACCACCUCGAAGACCAUCGACGCCUCAACCGAUUGCCGUUGUCGUUCCACUAGCUGGUUGACAACAUUAUCUCAAUGGGAUACGAGGAUCGACCAAAUCCAGUGGGUUGAAGACUUCGGAAAGCUGAACCUACAAUGGCGACAUCACUAUACAGAUCGGGAAUACCAAAAAGCGAACAACGACUACGUCGUCCUGGCCGUCCCCCUUCCACAGCUCAGGAAGAUGCGGCUACCAAAACUUGGAACCACAACCAGCAAUGCCAUACAGAAUGUCGAGUUUGGUGGCGCCUGCAAGCACUUUGAGAACCCCAUCUUCGGUAGACAGACAAAUACUGAUAUCAACGGCAUCGGAACCAUCCACUACUCCUCCUACUGCCUGAACAGCACGGGGCCCGCCACCAUCCUCGGGUCGUACACGUCUGGCAACACGGUGGAAUCCUGGUCCUCGAUGCCCGAGAUGGAACACGCUCACUAUAUCGUCGACGCAAUGGUCGAGAUCCACGGUGAGGUCGCUUGCGAGCAGUGGACGGACACACUGCUGGAAGAACGACGAGUACAAGGGCGGAGGUUGGAUCAGUCCGACCUUCGGGCAGCACCAGCUUUACAUCCCGGGGUAUUUCAAACUCCACAGCAACGACUGGGUUUGAUUGACGGGGCGAAAUCCGCGGUUGACAAGUGGAUGGGCCGAUGGAUAGACGUCUGA